GUCCAAGGCUAUUUAUGAGCACUCGCAGCCUGGACGCCCCCGGGGCCGCGGCUGGGGCUGGAGAAGGCGAAAUUUGCUGCGUGUCCAUGUCCGAAAGCCGGAGCUGGGCUGUGGUGCCAGUGGGACACCACGGGCUCCACAAUGAAAGGCGGAACACGUUCCUGCACCCAGUGACGGGACAAGUUCCUGAGGACACCUCAAGGCUUGACUUGCAAAAACCAACCUUGGACAUGUCAAGCAAAGCGGGCAGCAAGCGAACAACGACCAUCACCAGUGAGCCCACCAACCACACCAUGGUGUCGGAGGGGCCCCCGGAGCGCCCCGGAGGCCGGGUGGGUGCCCGGAGCCGUGCGGCACGGCAGGCAGCAGUGGAGACAGGGUGUCGGGGAUCCCCCCGGGGACUGAGCGGCUCCUCUCCCCCUCUGCAGGCUUCGCGCUCCUCCCGCAAGGGCAUCGCCUUCGGGAAGCGCUCCAAUUCCAUGAAGAGGAACCCCAAUGCCGCCGUGACCAAAAGCGGCUGGCUCUACAAGCAGGCCAGCUCGGGGGUGAAGCAGUGGAACAAGCGCUGGUUUGUGCUGGUGGAUCGCUGCCUCUUCUACUACAAAGAUGAGAAGGAGGAGAGCAUCCUGGGCAGCAUCCCCCUCCUCAGCUUCCGCGUGGCAGCGGUGCAGCCCUCUGACAACAUCAGCAGGAAGCACACGUUCAAGGUGACGGUGUGCUGGGUGGAGGAGAUGCCGGCCAGUAACCAGCAGUCCCUGUCUCCCCAGGCCGAGCACGCUGGCAUCCGGACCUACUUCUUCAGCGCCGAGAACACAGAGGAGCAGGAGUCCUGGAUCCAAGCCAUGGGCGAAGCCGCCCGGGUGCAGAUCCCCCCAACCCAGAGGCACGAGAAGCCAGACUCUGAAAACAUUCCCCCUAGCAAACACCACCACCACCACCACUGCAACGCCGCCCACCGCGAGCACCCCAAAGCUGACCCUGAUGCCAAGACCCGGGGGGAAGGCGAUGGCCGUGGCUCUGAGAAGAUUGAGAGGAAGCCAGAGAGGAUGGAGAGCAAGAAGGAGCCCUUGGCCAAAGCCAACGGCAUCACCGGGCAGGAGAUGCCCUCGGAGCCCGGCAGUCCUUACCCUGAGGCACCGCGGGUACCGGCGAGCGUGGAGAGGCCACCCCAGCCCAACGGCUGGCCAUACUCAUCGCCCAGCCGCCCCGGCAGCACCGCAUACCCUGCACCCGAUGGGGAGAGUGUGGCCCACCGCCGGGGCUUUACCCCCCGCACCAAUCCCGAGAAGAUCGCCCAGCGCAAGAGCUCGAUGACGCAGCUGCAGCAGUGGGUGAACUCGCGCCGGGGGGCUGUGCCCCCCGAGGAGCUGCGGAGCCCUACCAGGUUUUACCCCGUGUCUCGCCGGGUGCCCGACUACUAUUCCCCCUACUCGCCCCAGUACCCCGAGGACUACCAGUACUACCCUCCCGGGGUGCGCCCCGACAGCAUCUGCUCCAUGCCCGCCUACGAGCGGGUGAGCCCCCCCUGGGCGCUGGAGGACAAGCGGCACUCCUUCCGCAAUGGGGGCACCUACCAGCUCCGCGAGUGGAAGGAACACCCUGGUUUUGGCCGGCAAGAUGUUCCGCUCUGGCUAGCCACUCCUGGGAGGCAACCAGCCUACUUGGAUGAGGUGGAUGCAGCCUCGGGCUCUCUACGACGGAUGUCACUGCAGCCCCGCUCCCGCUCCGUGCCCCGCUCGCCCAGCCAGGGCUCCUACAGCCGGGCACGGGUGUACUCCCCCGUCCGCUCACCCAGCGCCCGCUUCGAGCGGCUGCCACCCCGGGGAGAGGAGAUUUACGCUGACCCUGCCACCUUCAUGAUGAGGCGAUCCAUCAGUUCUCCAAAGUAUGACUAUCUGGGCGACAGACGACCCGUUCCUGCAGGAAUGUAUCCGUACCACUACCCGGCAUCCCCCACCAUCCAUGACAAAAUGGAUGAACUUUUAGACCUUCAGUUGCAAAGAAACCUAGAGUAUUUGGACCAGCAGAUGAGCGAGAGCGAAACCCUGAUCAGUAUGGUGAACAGGAUGGUGGAGACCUCCUCCCCUAGGGCUCAGCUCUACAUGCAAGUGACACCCUUCCCGGAGGCCUACAGGGAGACACUGCAUGCCUACAAGAUAAGCGAGCAAGACACCGAUAAGCUGCUGGGGAAGCUCUGUGAGCAGAACAAGGUGCUACGGGAGCAGGAGAGGCUGGUGCAGCAGCUCCGAGCAGAGAAGGAGAGCCUGGAGAGUGCCCUGAUGGGGACGCACCAGGAGCUGGAGAUGUUUGGGAGCCAGCCCGCCUACCCAGAGAAGCUGCUGCACAAGAAGGAAUCGCUGCAGAACCAGCUCAUCAAUAUCCGUGUGGAGCUGUCGCAGGCCAGCACGGCCUUGGCAAAUAGCACUGCUGAGUACGAGAGCCUGGAAAGCGAGGUGUCCACCCUGCACGACGACCUCUGGGAGCAGCUGAACCUGGACAUCCAGAACGAAAUGCUCAACCGGCAGAUCCAGAAGGAGAUCUGGCGGAUCCAGGACGUGAUGGAGGGGCUGAGGAAGAACAACCCAUCCCGCGGCACGGACACUGCCAAGCACAGAGUGGCCAUUGGCCCCUCGGGGACGUACAGCUCCAACAGCCCUGCCAGCCCCCUGAGCUCAGCCAGCCUCACCAGCCCCCUCAGCCCCUUCUCCCUCGUCUCCGGCUCCCAGGGCUCACCCACCAAGCCAGGACCCAGCGAGCCCAAGCCAAGCUUCGAGCAGAGCAAGAAAGAGGCGCAGCGAGCAGCCCCCAGCGGCCCCCCAGCUGAGGGGCUCCUGCAGAGCCGGCAGGAGCAGGAGGGGGAGAAGCAAGCGGCUCUCAACAAGGUAGGCAUCGUCCCCCCCAGGACCAAGUCUCCGGCAGAGGAGGAGGUGGCGCGCACAGCCGGCGUGCCGAGGAGGAGCAUCGGCGGCAUGGCCAACGGGGUCAGCUCCCGGGAGAGACCAAAGAGUGCCGUGUUUGCCAACGAAACGAAGGUGAAGAUGAGCGUGGAGGAGCAGAUCGACCGCAUGAAGCGCCACCAGAGUGGCUCGAUGAAGGAGAAGCGGCGCAGCCUGCAGCUCCCCAGCAGCCAGCAGCCUGACACCCCCGGCACGAAGGCACCCGCCUCCUACAAGGUGGUGCGCCGGCACCGUAGCAUCCAUGAGGUGGACAUCUCCGACCUGGAGGCAGCACUACGCUCUGAUGACCCCAGCAAGGUCUACGAGACACCCCAGGAGGAGAUCGCCCGGCUGCGCAAGAUGGAGCUGGAGCCGCAGCACUACGACGUGGACAUUAACAAGGAGCUCUCCACGCCGGACAAAGUCCUCAUCCCUGAGCGGUACAUUGAACUGGAGCCUGAUACGCCACUCAGCCCCGAGGAGAUGAAGGAGAAGCAGAAGAAGGUGGAAAGGAUCAAGACCCUCAUUGCCAAAUCCAGCCUGCAGAACGUCAUCCCCCUGGGCGAGGGGGAGGUGGAUGCCCCCCAGGACCCUGAGACCCAGCUGCAGGAGCAGGAGAAGAGGAUAGAGAUCUCAUGUGCUCUGGCUGCCGAGGCCUCGCGCCGGGGCCGCAUGCUCUCGGCUCAAUGCGCUACCCCAAGCCCUCCCACCUCCCCAGCCUCCCCGACUCCACCGACCAACCCCCUCUCGUCUGAAACAUCCCGGGUCGCCGACAACAGCCAUUUUAUGCGUGUCUGAGCCAUGAACUCAAGCGCUGGCUGCUGCCGGCACCAUCAAGUUCCACGGGGCCACGUUUUAGCACCCCGACAUGACACCGAACCUCUCGCCAUCAUUUUUGAUUCUCCUGGACCCCCACCCCCUCCACUGAUGGUGAGACCACCCGGCACGGCCGAGCGGGGAGAUGCAGUACCAACAGCACCAGCUGCUCUACCCUGUCCUGGAGGAGAUGUGUGAGCUCUGGGAGGCCGUUUGCUGGAGCAGGGCCCCUGAGGAGCCCCCAGGCUGCCAGCUGGCACAGGGACAGAUCCACAGUGUCCUGGUGUCAGGCUUGCAUGGACAGCUGGGCAGGGGCAGCUGCAGCAGUGGCCACUGGCACAGCAGCCAUCUCCCUGCCAGGGCAGCCCUGGGGGAGCGUAGGACUCCCUGGGCUCCCCAUGCUGAUGCGUUGGUCUCCCAGAGGUCUGUGAAGGGGCUCUUCUGGAUGGAGACCAGUCAGUGCCCACCACGGAUGGUGCUUCCACCUUACACUGGACCUGGAUGCUCCAUCUCUGCUCCUCGGGCGCUUCUUCCCUUCCCUGUGCCCUGAAUCUGCUUUUAGCAUCCAGCUGGCUGGGGGUGGUUGCCGGCAGAGCCUGGCCUGUCCCAUCGCUCCUCAUGCUGGUGGCUCAGCAGGAGGAAGAAGGAGCUGUGUCGGGAACAGGAUGGAUGGAGGUGGGACUGGAGGAGACAUGGAGGUGCCGGGGGGGAGUGCUGCGCUUGGGGUCAGGGCGGUACAAGGGCUGCCUGGGGCACUGGUUUGCCACUGGUGCGGAGCAGGAGGUCAAGGCAGGGACUGGGAUGUUGCACAGGAGCAGAGGAGCAGUGUGGGGAGCUGAGGUGCUGGGCAGGACGGCAAAGCCGCGGGCUCGGCAGGGAUCCCUUUGCAGUGGAUGGGGACAGUGAUGACAAGGGGAAGGGGACUGUGGCCAGGCAGCAGCAGCAGGGCUCGUCCUCAGCGCGGGGAGCAGCAUCCUGGCUGCCCCCAUCCUGCCGUCAUCACCUCUGCCUCAGCCCCCCUGAAAAUCUGGCGCUGCGUCUCACCCCAAGACCUUGCCAUUGCACUCCAGACCCUUCGGUUUGUUUGGUUUUCCUGUAGCACCUUGACCCUUUUCUUUAGCUUUCUGGAGGGAGGAAAAAAAAGCUGGUUCUUCCAGGAAAGGUGGAAUCCCUCGCAAGGUUGCGCACUUGGCAGGGCUGCCCUGACAGGGCUGGGGCGAGCAAGGCAGAUGGAGUGAGGAGCGAGGUACGUCCAUCCUGCAGCGAUUUCCCUACUAGCCUGAUCCUGACACCCACCAGGACCCCUGCCCCGUGCUCCCCUCUCUGCAUCCCCGUCACCCCCCACGCACCCCAUCGUAGCAAUACUGGUAGGAACCCAGGAGCCCCAAGUCCUGCUCCGCUCCCGAGCCUCCCGCAGCCCUCUUAGCUCAUAAAGCUGGCCCUUUAUUUUGCUAUUACAUGCCUUAAUAUAUGUUUUAUGGAAAUUAUACAUUUAUAAUAUAUAUCUAUAUUUGUUUUUCUCUUCUUUUCUGGGAGGUACUGUUUUGUGCUAAGCUCUCUCCGCAGGGUUGUUGGCACCAGCCCUGCCAAUGAGUUACAAAAGCAGAUUCUUUGCCAAUUUAUCAGAAGGAAAAAAAAAAAAAAAAAAAGAAAAAAACCUAUUUAAAAAAUAUAUAUUUUUUCUGCUUUUAUUAAAAGCAAAUUUAUUUAAAAUAAAAUAUAAAAGAGACUGUAAGUUUUAAGAGAUGAUGCGUUUAUUUCCCUGUCCCUGAGCGCAGUGGUGUGGCGGCCGGGGCGGGCUCCCCAGCUCGUGUAACUGGGGCAGACCCCACUUACACCGGCUGUGGGGACACCGCCGGCAGCGUGCUGGGGACUGCCAACAUGCUGGGGACCAUGGUGCGUGGCUGUGGCCCACGCAGAGGCUGUGCUGCCCAGCAAGGAGCCCAAGGGGCACGCAGACCCAUAGGCAGCGAUUCCUCCCGUCUCUGGGGACUGGAGGGGAUGAGGAGCAUCCCAGUGCUCCUGCCCCUGGUGUGCCUGGAGCCACCAGAAGGCUCCAUGCCGUGGUGGCCGGGUCUGAUCCCCAUGAUGUGAGUGCAGCUCGGUGCACCGGGACCCCAUGGCUGCCCUAUUGUGGAACCUGGCGGUUGUUACUUUGUUUUUUGAUUUUGGUUUUUUUUAAAAAAAAAAAAAAACAACAAAC